AUGGUGGCUCCGGCGACGCUGUCCCUCCGCCCCUGCGCGACCCUCGCGCCGUCCAGGGCUGCGCUCCCCCGCGCCCGCGCCCACGCCCACGCCGGGUCCGCCCCCGCUAGUCGUCCAGCCCUCUCCGUCUCCUGCCCGCCGACGCGCUUCGAGAGCCUCCGCCGCGCCGCCACCGCCGUAUCCGACCGGCAAGGCUCCGCGGAGCCUUCCGAGAAACAGGAGGGGAAGUCGCGGACCUACUACUUCCUGGUGGCGAACGCCAAGUUCAUGCUGGACGACGAAGAACACUUCCAGGAGCAGCUCCAGGAGAAGCUGCGGCUCUACGAGGAGCGCAGCAAGGAGCAGGACUUCUGGCUUGUGAUCGAGCCCAAAUUUCUAGACAGGUUCCCCAACGUCGCCAAGCGGCUCAAGCGCCCCGCCGUCGCGCUCGUCUCCACCGACCGCAACUGGAUCAGAUUCAUGAAACUAAGGCUGGACCGGGUCUUAGCGGAGCAAUUCGAUGCAGAGACACUUGAAGAAGCAUUGGCUUCUAACCCCGCAGAGUUGAAAUUCGAUAAGCCUGAGAAAUGGACAGCUCCAUACCCCAAAUACGAGUCUGGAUGGUGGGAGGCCUUCUUACCUCCAAAGUCCAGCAACGGCACGGCUUAG